AUGAGUUCCAGAUUCUCAGCCGCGCGCCCUAAGCGUGCUGGCGAGACAUACGCCCGCACUCACCACGCAGAAUCAGAAGCUGGCCCAUCCUCCAAAAAGCCAAGAUUCGACAUCCGCAAUCCCUCCGCCCUCGCCCCCGAUGCCCCAGAAGAAGAUGCAGUCCUCGAUGCGGAUGUUAUUGGAGGUGGCGGGGCAGGCACUAAGCGUGGCGCUGUGAACCUUGACGGCUAUGACAGCGAUUCCGAGAAUGAAGGGUUUGAUGCCCGAGCAGAGGAACGAGCAAAAGGAAAGAAAGGCAAGGGGGAGGUGAGCCUUGCGGAAGCGUUAGAUGGAUAUACGAAAGAUGGACAAAGUCGUGGUGCGGAUAAGGGGAAGUCGCAGAUGGAAGAAGAUGCAGAUAUGUUUGCUGAACUGGACGAGGAUUUCGCCGAUGGAGAUGAGGAUGAAGUGAUACCUGGGAAAGGGAAGAAGGACAAGACUGUCAAAUUCCUGGAGGUGGAUGAAAUCGAGGGCCAGGUGGAAAAUAGCAAGAGUGGCGGCCAUGUGUCGGGGAAUUUCGCUCUGGAUCCAAAAGGCAAACUAUCUACACAUGCGAUGGAUGAUCAGGAGAGCAGCGAUGAUGAGGAAGAUAUGAUAUUGGCCGCCCAAGAAGAAGAUAUCGACGAAGAAGUUGGUGCUGGCGGACGAAAAAGAAACGCCCCAAAGGUGGAUGCGUUUAACAUGAGGGCCGAGCAAGAAGAAGGGCGUUUUGAUGAAGCCGGGAAUUUCGUCAGGAAAGCAGGUGAUCCAGAUGCCAAGCAUGAUUCAUGGCUUGAGGGUGUUAGUAAGAAAGAUAUGAAGAAGGCUGCAGAAGCCCAUGAAAAGCGGGAAGCAGAACGGAGGCAAAAGAGACUUGACGAUGAUGCUCUCCUCCUGCCUGAUAUUCUCCGUACGCUUAUACUCCAACUUGAAAAAGGAGAAACCGUCCUUGAAGCACUGGCGCGCCUAGGCAAAAGCCAACCGAAAACGAAGAAAAUCCCUAAAUGGAAAUUGAAGAAGCAGAAGCAGCAUGGUGAUGAUGCCAUGGAUGUUGAUGCGGAGAAGCCUGCCGCAGAUUCCGAGCAGGGUAAAAUUAAAGAUGCUAUUAACUCGAUUACCGCGGCUGCUGAUCAGCUGUUUACGAGAGGGCAAACGGAUAUCUACGAACAGGAGCGAGAAAUGCUCAUUCGGCAGUACCGGAAGGAGGCUGGCGAGGACUGGGUUGAACCGCCUGCCGCUGAUAUUGUCGAGGACGCCAUAGAUGGCACGAGGCCUACUAAAAUGUGGGAAUACAGAUGGACAGAUGGGCGGGACGGCGACGCGAAGCAGGGUCCGUAUGAUGGGGCUACAAUGAUGGCAUGGCAGAAUGCGGGAUAUUUUGGGGAAGGAGUUGAAUUUAAGAAAGUGGACGAUGAGGGUGGGUGGAGUAGAGUUGUCGAUUUUGUAUGA